ACCCAGUCACCCAACCGCACCCCCAUACCCAAACACCCCCACUCAAUUAGUUUGAUGGGGCCAAAGUAAUUAACAAAGAGAGAAAAAAAGGAAAUAAAAAUAAAAACAUAUAAGACCCGUUUGGAUCUGCUUCCCAUCGUGCCUACCCCUCAUUUCUUUUUUUUGUGUGUGUGUGUUUCUGAGAGGUGUUCUCAACCAUGAGAAUAAGGAAGCAUGCCAAAGUCUCCCCGCUAUUCUAUACUUGUUCUGUAUUCCCCGGUGCCCACCUUUGUCAGCUCAAUCAGUCUCCAUGGGAUGUUAUCACAUUCCCCGACGAUGAUAAUAAUAUUAACCAGCAGCCACUACUUGUUGCUCCUCCACCACCACCGGCUCCACCGUCUUCUUCAUCCUAUCAGUUGGAUGGAUAUGAUAGCUGUGCUGUAAACGAGACCUUUUGUGAUUCUCAACAGAGCAUCACGUCAUUGAAAAGGGACGAUAAUGGGGAGACGAAAAAGAUGAAUUUUUUAGACAAUAAAGUCGCCGAUGUGCCUGCUGAUUCUAACGAUUUCGAGAAAGACGAGAAGAUGGGAGAUGGAGAUAACAGUGUUACAACAAUGUGCGUCAAGAAUGACGGGAAGGGAUAGCAAUCAGGGGCGGAUCCAGGAGUUUCAGUGAGGGGGUUCAGUAGUACAUAUACGAACUAGUCAAAGGGGUUCAGCCUCUAUUAUUUAUACAUAAAUUUUUUUUUUUACCAUGUAAAAAUAGUAUAAUUUUUCGACGAUGGCAAUGCAGUAGAGAGGCAAAAGGAGGGCAUAAUUUAUGUGAGCACCAUUUUUCUCAAGGGAAAAAGCAUUGCAGUAGCAACAAAGUUCAAUAUUCUACUACUGCUGCUGCUGCUGGUUCUAACUCCGACACUGAAGUUAAGCAAACUGUGGUGGCAGCAGCCGAGAUAACUCCAAGUUCCCACGGCCGCCCCCAUCGUCCUAAGAAAUCAUCAUCUUCCGAAUAUUACUAUUAUUCAGGUUUUGGUCCUUUAUGGGGCAAGAAAAGAGGUCCAUCGACUGGGAAGAAGAAGAAUACAACACCACCCGCAGCAGCAGCAGCUGAAAUCUACUCUAGUCAUGAAAGUACUACUCACGGGGAACAAUCUUCGUCUCCUCAGAUGGAUAAUGAAGGAAUUGAGCACGUUAAAGACGAGGAUGAUGAUGCUGAAGAAGUUGAAAACUGUAAGCUGAUCAAAAGAGCCCGUAAGCCCAUCAAAGCUAGGUCACUCAAAUCUCUAAUGUGAAAUUCUCAAUAGCAAUUUCUAGCUAGCUAGUCUGUGUAAUGUUUUUUGGUCAACAUGUGUUGUUAUUAUUAUCGUAGAAUGUAGUUAGUUUAGGGCAUGUUAGAUUUUUGUUUACUUAGAAAAAAAUAAACAGAUGAUUUCGGUUUCAUGGUCCUAGUACUCCAUGUGACAUUAAAGCUAAACAGUGUAGCCUUGGCAUGUGCAGAAAGAUGUUUUAUAUGUAGACGUUGGUGUUGGAUUGGACAAAUCUAAAUAAGCAUAAAAUUGUAAUUUACUUGGUCACUUCAUUUUUC